AUGAGUGGUUUUGUAGGCGUUAUUGGUCCUAAAUAUCUUAUUGCUCCUUUAGAUACAAUCAAAGUAUCAAAAAUUAUUCAUGGAAGUCAGUCAAAUUCUAUUCUCUGGAAUGAAAUUCUUAUGCAAGGAUUUCCGAGAUUGUUCCAUGGAUUUGCAUGUGACUUAAUUCGAAUUCCAAACCAAACAAUUUUUAGAUACAUUUUAUUUGAUGAAUUACGGUACUUUAUGAAUCGAAGUAUAGCUGAUAUGAUAUCAGCAACAGCAGCGUCAGUUGUUUCACAUCCUGUUGAUGUUAUUCAUACUUUGAUGAUCUCUAAUCCAGUUAAAUACCCAACAAUAUCAAAGACUGCAUAUAAAAUCUGGCAAACUGAUGGAAUUAACGGAUUUUUACGAGGUAUUCAUCCUACUUUAAUUGGAUACAUUCCAUAUCGCAGUGUAAUGUUUGCUUCUGAGAUAAUUCUCCAUAAGUAUCCUAUCAAGAACUCCCCAGUAUUAGAUUUUCUCGUGCAUGGAACUGUACUUACCUGUGCACAAUUCGCUACUUAUCCUUUUGACGUUGCCAGGAAGAGAAUGAUUGCUGAUGAAUCUGUUCGUGGUAUGAAUUUUGUUGGAGUAAUUCGUGAUACGUACCAAACAAGAGGUUUCAAAGGACUUUAUUCCGGAUUUGGAACGACUAUCGCAAGAAUUUAUGCUUUCACAUAUUUACAGCAUAAAUGUACAAAACUUGCACAAGAGUUUCUCUAUAAUUUCAAUUACUUGUUGAGAAAACAUGAAUUUGAAGAUAUUUAA